AUGUUAAAACUAAUCAAGAAACGAGGGCAUCAAGAUCUUGAGUUGGGUUUGACCCUUUUGCCACGUGGCACGGCUUCAUCAGAGCUCAAUCUCAUCGAUUCUUUAAAGAAGAGCUCAUCGUCGACUUCUCAUCAUCAAGAACAUUUGGAAGAUCCAAGAGUGUUCUCAUGUAACUAUUGUCAAAGAAAGUUUUAUAGCUCACAAGCACUAGGCGGCCACCAAAACGCUCAUAAACGCGAACGUACUUUAGCCAAACGCGGACACUACUACAAGAUGAGUCUCUCUUCCUCUUCUCCUUCUUCAGCGUUUGCGUAUGGACACGGUUCGGUCAGUAGAUUCGCAAGCAUGGCAUCGUUACCGCUACAUGGCUCGGCGAGUAAUAGGUCAACGCUAGGGAUUCAAGUUCAUUCAACGAUCCAUAAACCCUUUUUAGGAAGACAAACAACGAGUUUAAGUCAUGUUUUCAAACAGAGCAUUCACCAGAAACCGAUCUUUGGACAGAUGUUGCCGGAGAAAUUUCAUCUUGAAGUUGCGGGUAGUAAUAAUAGUAACAUUAUUGCUUCUUCUAAGUUGGAGAGUUUUGGAUAUUUCAAGAGCAAGCAAGAAAAUCAUAAUCAGUUUAAGAAGAUUGACUUGACUCUUAAGCUAUGA